AAGAAGAAGAAGAAGAAGAAGAAGAAGAAGAAGAAGAAGAAGAAGAAGAAGAAGAAGAAGAAGAAGAAGAAGAAGAAGAAGAAGAAGAAGAAGAAGAAGAAGAAGAAGAAGAAGAAGAAGAAGAAGAAGAAGAAGAAGAAGAAGAAGAAGAAGAAGAAGAAGAAGAAGAAGAAGAAGAAGAAGAAGAAGAAGAAGAAGAAGAAGAAGAAGAAGAAGACGAAGAAGAACAAGAACAAGAAGAAGAAGAAGAACAAGAACAAGAACAAGAAGAAGAACAAGAAGAACAAGAAGAAGAAGAAGAAGAAGAAGAAGAAGAAGAAGAAGAAGAAGAAGAAGAAGAAGAAGAAGAAGAAGAAGAAGAAGAAGAAGAAGAAGAAGAAGAAGAAGAAGAAGAAGAAGAAGAAGAAGAAGAAGAAGAAGAAGAAGAAGAAGAAGAAGAAGAAGAAGAAGAAGAAGAAGAAGAAGAAGAAGAAGAAGAAGAAGAAGAAGAAGAAGAAGAAGAAGAAGAAGAAGAAGAAGAAGAAGAAGAAGAAGAAGAAGAAGAAGAAGAAGAAGAAGAAGAAGAAGAAGAAGAAGAAGAAGAAGAAGAAGAAGAAGAAGAAGAAGAAGAAGAAGAAGAAGAAGAAGAAGAAGAAGAAGAAGAAGAAGAAGAAGAAGAAGAAGAAAGAAGAAGAAGAAGAACAACAACAACAACAACAACAACAACAACAACAACAACAACAACAACAACAACAACAACAACAACCAGAACAAGAAGAACAAGAAGAAAAA